AGCCCCACUCCAGCCAUGGCUGCAGCGCCCACUCAGCCCCAGUCCAGAGAAAGACCCUGGAGCCUGGAGUCAGAGUCCCCCGUGCUUCGUAUCACAACUCCCCUACCUCCCGUGCCCAGCCCAGGCCCCGGGGAAGGGCCCAGUACUACACCCCCUAGCAGAGCAUGGACUCCAACCCAAGAGGGUCCUGGAGAUAUGGGCAGGCCAUGGGCUCCAGAGGUCAGGUCCCGGACCAUGGGGCUCGGGACGGAGGGAACCAUUACGACCUCUACAGCUUCAGGGGACGAUGAGGAGACCACCACCACCAUCAUCACCACCACCAUCACCACAGUCCAGCCACCAGGCCCUUGUAGCUGGAAUUUCUCAGGCCCGGAGGGCUCUCUGGACUCCCCCACAGCCCCCAGCUCACCUACUGAUGUCGGCCUGGACUGUUUCUACUACAUUUCCGUCUACCCUGGCUAUGGUGUAGAAAUCAAGGUCCAGAACAUCAGCCUCCGAGAGGGGGAGACGGUGACUGUGGAGGGCCUGGGGGGGCCUGACCCACUGCCCCUGGCCAACCAGUCUUUCUUACUGAGGGGCCAAGUCAUCCGUAGCCCCACCCACCAAGCGGCACUGAGGUUCCAGAGCCUCCCACCACCUGCUGGGCCUGGCACCUUCCAUUUCCACUACCAAGCCUACCUCCUGAACUGCCACUUUCCCCAGCGUCCUGCUUAUGGAGCUGUGACUGUCACCAGCCUCCACCCAGGAGGCAGUGCCCGCUUCCGCUGUGCCACUGGCUACCAGCUGAAGGGUGCCAGGCUUCUCACCUGCCUCAAUGCCACCCAGCCCUUCUGGGAUUUCCAGGAGCCUGUCUGCAUUGCUGCCUGCGGUGGGGUGACCCGCAAUGCCACCACUGGCCGCAUUGUCUCCCCGGGCUUCCCUGGCAACUACAGCAGCAAUCUCACCUGCCACUGGCUGCUCGAGGCCCCGGAAGGCCAGCGGCUGCACCUACACUUUGAGAAGGUUUCCCUGGCGGAGGAUGACGACAGGCUCAUCAUCCGUAAUGGAGACAACGUGGAGGCCCCUCCAGUGUAUGAUUCCUACGAGGUGGAGUACCUGCCCAUUGAGGGACUGCUCAGCUCCGGCCGACACUUCUUCGUGGAGCUCAGUACUGACAGCAGCGGGGCGGCGGCUGGCAUGGCCCUGCGCUAUGAAGCCUUCCAGCAGGGCCACUGCUAUGAGCCCUUUGUCAAAUACGGCAACUUCAGCAGCAGCGCCCCCUCCUACCCUGUGGGCACCACCGUGGAGUUCAGCUGCGACCCUGGCUACACACUGGAGCAGGGCUCCAUCAUCAUUGAGUGCAUUGACCCCCACGACCCCCAGUGGAACGAGACAGAGCCAGCCUGCCGAGCUGUGUGCAGCGGGGAGAUCACAGACUCAGCUGGUGUGGUGCUCUCCCCCAACUGGCCGGAGCCUUACAGCCGUGGGCAGGACUGCAUCUGGGGUGUGCAUGUGGAAGAGGACAAGCGCAUCCUGCUGGACAUCCGAGUGCUGCGCAUAGGCCCUGGUGACGUGCUUACCUUCUAUGAUGGGGACGACCUGACGGCCCGGGUACUAGGCCAGUACUCAGGGCCGCGUGGCCACUUCAAGCUCUUUACCUCCAUGGCCGACGUCACCAUACAGUUCCAGUCAGACCCCGGGGCCUCGGUGCUGGGCUACCAGCAGGGCUUUGUCAUCCACUUCUUUGAGGUGCCCCGCAAUGACACAUGUCCGGAGCUGCCUGAGAUCCCCAAUGGCUGGAAGAGCCCAUCUCAGCCUGAGCUGGUACAUGGCACUGUUGUCACUUACCAGUGCUACCCCGGCUACCAGGUGGUAGGAUCCAGUGUCCUCAUGUGCCAGUGGGACCUAACCUGGAGUGAGGACCUGCCCUCCUGCCAGAGAGUGACUUCCUGCCAUGACCCUGGGGACGUGGAGCACAGCCGACGCCUCAUAUCUAACCCCAAAUUUCCUGUGAGGGCCACCGUGCAGUAUAUCUGCGACCAGGGUUUUGUACUGACUGGUAGUGCCAUCCUCACCUGCCAUGACCGUCAAGCCAGCAGCCCCAAGUGGAGCGACCGGACCCCCAAGUGUCUCCUUGAACAGCUCAAGCCAUGCCACGGCCUCAGCGCCCCCGAGAACGGUGCCCACAGUCCUGAGAAACGGCUUCACCCAGCAGGGGCUACUGUCCACUUCUCAUGUGCCCCUGGCUACGUGCUGAAGGGCCAGGCCAGCAUCAAGUGUGUGCCCGGGCACCCUUCACAUUGGAGUGACCCCCCACCCAUCUGUAGGGCUGCCUCUCUGGAUGGGUUCUACAGCGGCCGCAGCCUGGAUGUUGCCAAGGCACCUGCUGCCUCCAGCACCCUGGAUGCUGCCCACAUUGCAGCCGCCAUUUUCUUGCCACUGGUGGUGAUGGCGCUCUUGGUGGGAGGUGUGUGCCUCUACUUCUCUAGGCUCCAGGGGAAAAGCCCCCCCCUGCGGCUGCCCCGGACACGACCCCGCCCCUAUGACCGCAUUACUGUGGAGUCAGCAUUUGACAAUCCAACUUAUGAGAUUGGAGAGACGAAAGAAUAUGAAGUCUCCAUCUAGGUGGGGGCAGCUUGGAAAAGCCAGCUCAGCCCAGCAUCACAGCCCAGCAGCAGAGUUUGCAGCUUCCUUCUGCCCCUACACCUCCUGUACAUACCAUCUGGGAAGAGACGCC